AUGGCCGCCGUUCAAGCCCCACCCCUCGCGCACCGGCCCUCAAUGGAUCGCCCAGGCUCCUUCGAGUCGGCUCGACGGGCCUACGACCGGUCCACCUCUCCCAUCUCCCGCCAGUCCUAUUCCCCUUCGCCUCUGGGACCCCCUGUUCACUCUCGAACCAACUCGAGCAGCUCCCACGCUUCCCCCUUUCAUCAACCCUUCGCGGGCCAAUCUUACUUUAAUCAACCCGCCUUCACCCAACCCUCCACCAUCAACCACUUUGCCUAUCCCUCUCACACUCACGCCCAACCACAAGCGCACGCACCAUCACCAUGGACCGCGACACCGCUGCCUGCGUCGGCAUUCUACCCGAACCCCAACUCGACGAUGUCUGUACCAGGCGGCGGCGGGGCGGGUUUCACCUAUCCGGGACAGGUGUUUCACCAGGGGUUCCAGCAGAGUCAGGCUGAUUUUGCGGCGUGGGCACACGCGGCGGCGUAUCAACACAUGGUGAUGGCUAGUGUGCAGCAGCAGCAGCAACAGCAACAGCAUCAGCAGCAGCAGGAGUAUCUCGCUCCGUUUCCCGGGCAAGGACAAGGGCAGGGACAAGGACAGGGAGAUCAAGGAUCGGAAGACUCAAGGAGACGGACGACUUCCGGACCGGCCGCGGCGCACCCACAAUCACAUCCCCCUCCCCUACCGCAACAACAGUAUCCACGCCGGUUAUCGAUGGAUGAUCGUACCCCUCCCCCGCUCGUCACGCAACAACCUCGGUCGAUAUCGGACAAGCUCUCUCCCUCGACUUCGGGCGGUUUCCACCCGUACAAGCGCACGCCGGGCCAUCGGACGUCCAAGGAGAGUCUGAGGACGGCUCCUCAAGCUCAGGUGAUACCUCGCUCGCGGUCCCAGCCGACACUGAGCGGAGGAUUCGACCGGACGGCGGUUCUAGCGCGGGAACAUCAGCAUCAGCGCUCGCCUUCGCUGGACUCGCAUAUGAGCGAGCAGACGGUACAGGCGGGUCCGAGGCCGUCUAUGGCGGAAGAACAGAGGAGGGAUUCGUCUAGUACGGAAAGGGGAUCCAGGGCGCCGACGCCGCGUGGACAAGCACCAUUGGCUGCCCCACCAGCAGCAGUCGCACCCGCCCCAGCCCCGGUCGUCGCUGCUCCGCCCCCGCCCGUCAAGGCUGCCUCUCCGCCUGCACGCGCCCCCACCCCUCUCCAACCUGGUCCUAUCGCCGCGGCACAGAACCGCCCAUCCCCCGUUGCCCCACCCCACGCCGCCUCGCCCGUCGAAAAGGUCAAAUCUGGCGGACUCAAGGGCCGCUUCGCCAAAGUCAUGGGUAAAGACAAGGACAAGUCUAAAGGCACUCCGGCGACUGCUCCUUCCCCUACACCCAUGGCAUCUCCCGCCAAAUCCUCCCACGCACCGUAUCCUCACACCUCCCCUUCCGAAGCGUCCACACGGUCCGGCACUCCACCGCGCACGCCACCGCAAGACCUCCACCCGCCCUCUGCGCCGUUUGCGAUCCAUACGCGCGCGAUGGACUCUGAGAUUUCGUUGGCGGAGACGGGACGGACAGAGCGGGUGGACGAUGGUGAGAAGAAGGCGAAGAGGGGAUUGUUUAGGAUGAAGAAUAUGAGUACGGAUAAUAUCAGUAUGAGCUCGACAGUGAGCUCGGCGAGUAUGAUGAUUAGGAAGAUGGGGAGUAUUGGAAAGUUGGCCAGGCGGAAUUCGUUGAUGGGGAUAUCCAAGAUCUUCAAGGAUAAGCCGAAGGACGAGGAUGGACCGCUGCCCGAAGUCGAAGGCAAGUUGGAGAAGAAGGAGCGGAAAGAAAAGGAAAAGAAGGAGAAGAAGGAAAAGAAGAAUGGCAAGGGAAAAGGCGAGCCGGCGCCUUCGUUUGUCGCUCGCGUGAAUGCCGCGCCGGCGCCAGAGGUCUUUGAUGAGGAUCGGGCACUGGCGGGUUUGUCGCCCGCUGCGAAGCUCGCGCGUCAGCAUACGUUGCGGUCCAAGGCGGACGACGAGGCGAAACGGUCGUCCCAAGUCGGGUCUUCGGCCGGCGCCGGCGCCGGCACAGCAGGGACAGGCGAGCCAACAUGGGACAAGUCGACCGUUACUCGGCCCGGUCCCGCCUCCUCCUCGUCGGUACAGCACAAUACCGGCACCGGCGUCCUCCCCAGCCUUGGCUCCGUCCUUCCCUCGUCGCCCGUCUCCCCCACCACCUCCUCCGGCUCACACGGCACAGCCACCGAAGUCGUACACGUCCAACCCCGCUCUGUAUCCUCUGGCACGGUCCACCACGUCCACGCCGUCAAUGUCUCGGAUGCCGAGUAUGAUUCGGAAGACGAUGAGGAUUCGGAUGCGUCCGUCUCGGACGCCGGGGACGCUGAUGGGGACACGAUGGAGGAUGUGACGUUCCAGAUGGGACGGAGCAAGUUGUCGGACGAGGCGGAUUUGGAGUUUAGGAGUAUUUGGGGGAGCACGUAUAUCGACAAGAGGCUCGUGCCAAAGAAGGGGAUCUUGAAGACCGCCCGAUACCCCGAGAAUGCGUUCAUCGACACGCCGAAAUCCUCCCGCCCGCCGUCGUCAGCCUCAGGCUCGGUGCCCUCUCGCCCUCCCGCAUUAGGCGAGCACCCGCCCAACGGCUCUUCCCGCGCCCACACCCAACUCGACUUUGACUUUUCGUUUGAUACGCCCCCGCCCGCCCUCGAUUUGUCGCAUCCCAAUACCUCGCUCCCGUCCCUCCCUUUCCCCUCGUCCUCCGGUUCUGGCUCUGGCUCUGGCUCUGGACAGGCGGCACGUCAACCGGCCGUAAGGAGCCAGACGGUGCCUGUUCCUCCUCGACGAAUCCUGUGGGCUCCGGACUGCGCGGUGUACACUACGUAUGACGCGGGGACGUAUGAUCGGCGGAGCGAGCCGGCGACGUGUAACAAGUUGACGCCGGAGCUGGCUUUGGAUAUCAAGCGAGAGUGA